AUGAUCGUCGGGACCUGCUGGCCAGCCCAGGCCGAUAAUAUCUUUGGCCCUCGCGUCGAUGUCGCCUGUCGUGCCUUUGACUUUACCCUCUUGUUCGAAGACAUCUCUUUUACCUUAUUGCCGGCCGCAUGCUUUCUGUUACUUUUACCCAUGCGCCUUUUCUUCCUCCGACACGAGACCGUCAAAGUCAAGUCGAUCAAGUUGGCGGUCUGCAAGCUGUGCAUUCUUGCCGUAUUGCUUGUUCUCCAGAUUUUGUUUACUGCCUAUCAAGUCCGUUCUCUGGCCUUGUAUACUAGGUUUUCUCUACCGGCAGCCAUAGUUACCAUCAUAACAACUUUUGCCGCGUCCUACGCCUCCUUCCUGGAGGACCAGCGAUCAGUGAGACCCUCGGAUCUCCUCGUUCUCUAUUUUUCAGCAUCCAGCAUUUGUAAACUGCCUCAGUUGCGCUCACUAUGGCUUAUUCCAUCUACUUACGCCUGUCGAUAUCUAUCGCUAGCCAGCUUUUUCUUGACUGUGGCGAUUUCGAUCCUUGAGUCGGUUCCGAAAACCCGUAUUCUGCAUCCCGAAUACAGCGACACUACCGAAGAAGAGAAGAGCGGCUUCUGGAACAGAACCUUCUUCAUCUGGGUGCUGCCAUUCUUGCGUACGGGGUAUGGAAAAUCCCUUGAGGUCAAAGAUGUGCCACCAGUGGACGCAGAUCUCCAGGGACAAUUCUCAGGGGCCAAACUUCGAAGAGCCUGGGAUUCUGGGAGCAGACACCACGGUCAUCGCCUAAUCAAGGCUGUUUCCCGUGCAUACGGCUGGAUCUACAUUUCCGCAAUUCCACCACGUCUAGCGUACAGUUGUUUUACAUUCGCGCAGCCUUUUCUGAUCACGGCGGCUAUUAACUACAUUGGAGGAUCCCCGGCAUCUGAGCCAAAACCGUAUGGAGCAGGUCUCGUCGGCGCAUACCUUCUAGUGUACUUGGGGCUGGCGGUGACGAAAGCCGUGUACUGGCGCCAGACCUACCGUUUGUUGACCAGGAUGCGGUCUGGUCUUAUAACCAUGAUCUAUGACCAGACGCUCGCUUUGACAGCCGUUGACUUGGAUGACUCGGCAGCGAUCACUUUAAUGGGCACUGAUGUCGAACGCAUAGUAGCCAACCUGAAGAAUCUACAUGAGGCAUGGGCUUCAACGAUAGAGAUUGGAAUUGCAAUCUGGUUGUUGGAACGCGAGCUCAGUAUUGCCUGCUUUAUACCCCUCGUCAUCUCACUGGCGUCCGUAGUGAUGAUGGUCCCCGUGUCAAGCCGAUCUGGACAGGCGCAGAAAGAAUGGAUUGAGCGAGUGCAGAAGCGGCUCGCAGUGACUGCGACCGUACUCGGCAACAUGAAAGCUGUGCAGAUGCUCGGACUCAACACAGCCCUUUUCCCAUUGAUAGCACGUCUCCGUAAGGUUGAGGUCAAGACGUCAGCCCGCUUCCGAAAGUUACUUAUCUGGCAAGUUGCACUCUCCAACGUGCCCGUCGUCUUUGCGCCAUUCCUCACCUUCACAAUUUACGAUCAUAGCUCUCGUCCUCUGCUCAUCUUUUGUCAAGUCAUGCCUGCCAUCUGGCAAGCUAUCGCGUGUUUUGGUCGAAUCGAACUGUAUUGCGCGAAGGAGACUUCUUCAAAUACGAACGAUGAGCAAAAGUCCAGUCCACAUCUUUCCGAAAAGUUCCCUCUCCUGUCAUUCCAAAUCGCAAGUAUAGCGUGGUCUUUAGAAAAGGAGCCUGUGUUCCAAAACCUGAGUUGUGAUAUCAAGCGUGGGAUUACGAUGAUCGUCGGUUCGGUUGGGUGCGGCAAGAGCACUCUGAUUGAGGCCCUCCUCAACGACUACAUGACUCCGUGGAUCUGGAACGACACUAUCCGAAAUAAUAUCGUUGGCUUUCAGAAAUUUGACCAAGCAUGGUAUGACUUUACCUGUACGGCAUGUGGCCUGCAACAAGAUUUCCAGGCUCUUACAGACGGAGACAUGCAUCUGGCUGGAAGCGAUGGCAUUUCACUGAGUGGUGGCCAAAAGCAACGUAUUGCACUUGCUCGAGCAGUUUACUCCCGGGUUGGGGUCGUGAUUUUGGAUAAUGUGCUCAGCGGGGUGGAUUCAAAGAACAUCGCCCUAAUCUCACGCCAGCUCUUAGGUCGAGAUGGCCAUUUCAGAAAGGCGGGAAUAUCAGUGAUUCUUGCAACGACUACAUAUGAGCUGCUCCCUUUAGCAGAUGGUAUCGUGAUAAUGAACGAUGGUGGAAUCGAAGCUUCGGGCACAUACGAGGAGAUAGUGUUCAAGGACCCACAGAUCAUCGCGAAAACUCAGACAGCAGAAGAGCACGCCCCUGUCGCAUCGAUGGAUCAAGUGAUUUCUCCACCUUCGCUAGUCGAAAAGAAAGAAUACUCCGGCAUUACCGUUCAGGUAGCCGACGAUGAAGGAACCAUCAGUAUCAAACGGCACGGAGUUCGGUCUGUGUACGCAUACUAUUUCCGAAGUGCAGGCCGCGGUCUGGUAAUUGCUUUUUUGUCCUUCACUUUUGUCGAGGCGUUUUGCUCCAGCUUCCAGACAAUAUGGAUCCAGUGGUGGGUGGAGGCAAAUGCAACGUCUCCCAACCACCACUUGGGGAUGUAUCUCGGUGUCUACGGCAUGAUCUUCGGGUUGACGUUUCUUAGUCUCGUGGCUGGCUGCUGGUUACUCUUCGUUCGGUGUCUCAAUAACACUUCACUGAGGAUGCAUUCUGACCUUCUUAGAACAACGCUUGGGGCAUCAAUAAGCUUCUUUCAAUAUACAGAUUCGGGUUCCAUACUCAACCGAUUCAGUCAAGAUCUGGAACUCAUUGAUAUGAUGCUACCCAUAUAUGCUGUCAAUUGUGCCACAAAUAUCAUGAACGUGUGCAUAAAUGUCAUCAUUAUCUGUGUCAUCGGCAAAUACCUGGCAGUCACGAUACCAUUCCUGGGGGUCGUUCUCUUCUUCGUCCAGUCAUACUAUCUGCGGACUUCGCGGCAGGUGCGAUUGUUAGACAUAGAGGCAAAGGCACCCCUUUUUACACACUUUCGCGAAAUUAUGCACGACAUCCCCACUAUUAGGGCCUUUAAUUGGCAGCCCCAGCUGCGACAGAAGAGCCAUUAUUAUUUGGACAGGUCUCAAAGGCCCGUAUACAUGAUGUACAACAUUCAGCAAUGGCUGACACUUGUGCUAGACCUAGUAGUCGGCAUCAUUGCGGUCAUCUUGAUUGCCAUCAUUACCUCUCUGCGCGAUCGCUUCCAAGCUGCAUCCAUCGGCGUGGCACUCAAUCUGAUCCUAACGCUCAAUCAGUCCUUGGCAAAUGCAAUCGAAAUGUGGACCAUGACCGAAACUUCCAUCGGGGCUGUCACGCGCGUGCUCCGCUUCACUCAAGACACUUCCAUGGAGGAGAAACAAUGCGUGGCGGGGGCUCCGGCACUGCCGCAUGAUUGGCCUUCCAGGGGUGCUGUUGAGAUUAUGGACGUCACAGCUGGAUAUGACCAUUCGACCACCUCGGUCCUCAACAACGUAACUAUGAGCAUCCAGCCGGGCGAAAAGAUCGCCGUGUGUGGCCCGUCCGACAGCGGAAAGACCUCACUGGUUAUGGCACUGCUCCAGAUGCUGAACACACAAUCCGGAAGCAUCUCAAUCGACGGGCAAGACAUUGCCCAGAUUGCAAAGAGUACCCUCCGCUCGCGCAUCAACGUGAUACCACAAGACCCCUUCUUCAUACCCGGCGCCACCCUCCGCUUCAACCUCGAUCCCCACCAAGUUGGGGUAAGCCAUGCGGCGCUGAUCGACAACCUGGAGAAGGUGGGUCUCUGGGAUCGGAUCUGCAACAUAGGAGGUCUGGAGAUGGAGUUCCUUGCGGCAGACUGGUCGGUUGGUCAGAGGCAGUUGCUUGCCUUGGCGCGCGCACUAGUGCAGAAGGAUAGGAAGGUGUUGAUUCUCGAUGAGGCUACGAGCAGUAUCGAUUGGGGAACGGAAGCGAUCAUGCAGGAGACUAUCGAGAAGGAGUUCGCCGAGCAUACCGUUGUUGCUGUGGUGCAUAAAUUACGAUAUAUUCAUUGGUUUGACCGCGUGAUGGUGAUCAAACACGGGAAGCUGGUGGAGAGCGCCAGUGCUGAGAUGUUGCUGCAGAGGGAUUCCGAGUUUCGGGAACUACAUCUGGCUUCGGUUGGCGGGUUUGCUCCAGAAUGUUUGGGUUGA